AUGUGCAAGCUUGACCUUCAAUCUUUCGAUGUCAGAUGUCUGUUAGACAUCUUCUCGAUUAACUCAAGUUUCGUUUCCAUCCAUCCCCAUUCACCCAUCAUGAGUGCCACAGAGAUAACGCAGCAAGAGGAAGCCAAAAUCACCUUUGAAAUACAUGAAAAAUACAGACAGCAGGAGAAAAUUAUCAACGAGGAGUUCAAGAUAUGGAAAAAGUCCGUCCCCCUGCUGUACAACUUCAUAUACACAUCCGUGACGCAGUGGCCUAAUCUUUCGGCUGACUGGCUGACGUCCGUGAAACAAAACGAUCAGUCGUUCACGGUUCAGUUUGUAGUAGGUUCCAACAGCUCGAGUGACGAGGAUUACCUUGCACUGUACCAGAUAGACCUACCGCUGUCAGUGACAACAACAUCUGCUGAACAGACCGUAGACGAAGAAGACAUUAAAAAAGCUAUAGAGCAAGAUAGCAAAUCAAACAAGUUUCAACUUGUCCAUAAAUGGCCUCAUCCGGGUGAAAUCAAUAAACUAGCUUUCAACAGUGAUAAUCUAGUAGCUACAGUGACCAAAACUGGGUCCAUUUUGGUGUUCGAUAUCAAUAACGUAUCCUCCAGCAAACCAAAGUUCACUUUGAAUUUCCACAAACAAGAAGGGUUUGCCUUGCAAUGGAACCCUUCGAAUAACCAACAAUUGGUGACCGGGGCCAACGAUGGUAAGAUUGCAGUUUGGGAUCUCUCAAAAAAUACAACCGCCCCAGUCCAGGAGUUCUCCCCUCAUUCGUCCUCAGUGAAUGAAGUCUCUUGGAAUAGCGAGUACAAUUUUCUCAUCGGAUCUGCCAGUGAUGAUCGUUCAUUCCAAAUACAUGACUUGAGGUCAGGGGAGACAAUUAUCAAAGUCGACGACGCGCACAAUGGAGACGUCAACGCUAUUAAAUUCCAUCCAGUCCUAGGUGACUUACUAGUCACUGCAGGGCAAGAUACUUUGGUCAAAGUUUGGUCCCUUUCUAAACUGCUGUCUCCCGCCGAUGAGCCUUCGAAGAAUGACGAGUCGACGAAUGAUGAGAUCCAAGAAGAAAGAGACCAAGCUAUCCGCUACUUACAUGGACAUUUCAAUUCUGUUACCCAGGUUGACUUCAAUCCUGAAAACCCAAACUACCUCUUAUCGUCGUCUUGCCUGGAUAAACGAGUAAUGGUCUGGAACUUGGCAAAUUUAGAUGAAGAUUUUGAAGAGGACGAAGCAGAAAAAAACCCAGAAUAUAACGACCCUGCUUUGAUCUUCAUACAUGGUGGGCACACCUCAUCUCUCAGCGAAGCCCGCUGGCAUCCAACUCUACACGACGUGAUUCUCAGUUGUGGAGAAGACAACUUACUAGAAGUCUGGCAACCAUUAUUGCCCCGAGAGGAAGAUUCCUCUGAAGAAGACGAAAAAAUCGAUGAGAAUGAGCAAGAUGAAGUAACCGAAGAUAAGGAAAUGAAAGACGUUUAG